UUAUCUGCACGAUACACAACCAACACGCAUCACAACACAACACACACCCAUCCACAAUCCACAUGCGUGUCCACCUGACUCACUAUGGUUCUUGAUCUUCUUCUUGAGCUUCAGGUAGGCCUCGCUCGUGAGGUCCUGCAGGGCCUGGGACAGCAUCUCGAACUCAGCGUACCCUCCCGCAAAGGCACACUUGAUGCUGCCCCAAAGCCCUGCCAACCCGACCGUCUGACACACAUACACACACAUACACACACACGCACAGGCAGACCGUCAUGGGUGUAUACGUCCGUCUUCAGGUCAGUUGAGUGCAGCUUUUGGCGUACCAGCUGCAGAUUGAAGAAUUUGCUGUAUUUGAAUGGCCUCCGCAGCCAUAUGUACAGCCUCUCUCCCGUGGUGUACAGGCGGUCCUUCAGGGCCUUGGCGCCCCUGUCGCAGAACACGUACUGCACACACACACACACACACACACAUGCAAACAUCAGGUCGUCUGUAUCCGUUGUGUUUUCUCUCCUUCGGGCGCUUACCAACGAGUUGGAGGUCCCCGUGACGAAGGAACCGAACAACGCCAAGAAGAAAGAACCGAACCAUGUGUUGGUCUCGGAGUUCUUCCAAUGCUUGGCGUGUUCGUCCUUCUUGAACCCAAACGAGUCGACCUGGAAUACACGUACAGCAACACACACACAUCCAUUCACUCAUUCAUUCGCCCAUCCAUCCCCCCAGCCACUACCCCUAGAGCCACUGACCUCUGCGUAGGCCUUUGGGAAGACGGCGCACGAGCAGCCAGCGGCGUACUCCUGCACCGUAGCCCAGUGGGUCUUAGCCUUGGCAACCUCGAAGAGGUCAUGGCGGACCACGCCGCCCUUCUUGUGCUUGUGGUCGCUUUUGAUCUUCUCGGCCUCCAGCUGGGCUUCGGUCCUGGCCAGCUCGGCCUCAAGGUCAGCGACCCUCUUGGACAGCUCGUUUAACUCGGCCUGGUGGUCCGCCUUCUCUCGCUCAAGCCUUGCAAGGCACCGCUUGAGGUAGCGGUUCUCGCGUUAGAGGCCGUCGAGACUGGGAUACGGCUGCGGCAU